CCAGUAAAAUAAAAAUAAUGUUUACAUCAUGAUUUUUGGGGUUUUGUUUGUGUGUUUGUUUGUUUAUCCAGGCGUAGCAGCAAUACGCCUCUGUAAAAUAUAAAAAGUUUACAAUCAUGUUUGUUUUUUUCAUUGCAGCAUCAAGCAAAAAGUCCAACAGUCUUUGGCUCCUCGGAUAUGACUCAGAGUGACUCCUCGCUCUCAUCGCAAUAUCUCUGCUACGUCGUGACGCCAUCACGUCAGACGGGGAGUUCCGUGUUGACGCCACUGCUGUUUUGAAACCGUCGAAAUAAAACCUCCAUCUUUCUGUUUCUUCGUCCCCGUGUGUGUCUGUCCUCUGAGUGUCGGAGAUGAACAGCGUCGGGGAGGCCUGCACCGACCUGAAGCGGGAGUACGACCAGUGCUUCAACCGCUGGUUCGCCGAGAAGUUCCUGAAGGGGGACCGGAGCGGCGACCCGUGCACCGAGACCUUCCGCCAGUACCAGCGGUGCGUGCAGAAGGCCAUCAAGGAGAAGGACAUCCCGAUCGACGGCGUGGAGUUCAUGGGCCCCAACAAGGACAAGCCCGAGAGCUGAUCCCUGCCGAUCAUCAAUACUGAGAUCGAUACGCCAUAUGGACCGGAGACUGUGUCCACGAGGCCCGCUGAGCAUGCGCAGAAGCUGUGCUGCUGCUGCGGAUAAACACAGCGGGCUGCGGAGCCUGGACACUGAGUGUGUGUUCACACACACACAGACUGUUUUCUUUCCAAGCUGCUGCUUUUAUUCUGGAGUUUAACAUGACUGUGAGCUGCUGUAGCGACUGUAGGACGCAGCUGAUACUAGGUAUCGAUCAGUAACCAAUAGAUUGAUUGAUUGUUGAAGACACAGCUGAGCCUGUAGCUGCAGCUGCUGCACUGAUGCUUCUCUCUCUUUGUUUCACUGUAACUGAAUGUUUCUGGGUUUGGACAAAACAAGACGCUUGAAGGUGUGAAGAUUAAUAUAUUAACUGGAAGAAUUCACUACUGGAUUUAUCAAUAAUGGAAAUAAUAAUCAUGACACUCAGCUGAUCAUUGAAGUGACAGUUUGUCUAUAAAUUUGACUUUUUUAAA